AUGGUUUCUGCAGACGAUGUUCAGCGAGUAUUUCUUCAAGCGGUGCUCUCAAGAGGUGUUCUAUCAGAGAAUCUUGCAAAAAUUCUCUGGGCGCGAAGUGUCCAAGUCGUCAAAGCUGUGGAUGAGAAUGUCAACAUACAGUACACUGGAUCAGACGCUUCUUGGGAUGAUUUUGUAGCAAAAGUAAACAAGUCACUCGACGCGCUGGAUCUCGGCUUUCGCCUCGUGCAAGACGAAUGGACUGGGAAGAGGAUGUAUGUCCUGGCCAACUUGAAGGACGAUGAGGUGGCUCAGUUGGCUACGGACUACACUGCCGGUGAAAUCGCGUUCUUCAAGGCAGUCGUCGAGCAAAUCAUGCUAGCGCCGCAUGAAGCUUAUUCAGUGUCAUCUCUCGCUGCGCUCCGGGAAGUUAGUCAAGUCAAACCAACUAUGUCCAAGUCCCAGGCAGAAGAUGUAUUGACUAGCUUUGUCGCCAACGGGUGGCUGCUUAAGAGCAAGCGGGGGAGGUAUUCUCUUUCCGUGCGCACACAGCUGGAGCUCCAGCCAUAUCUGAAAAACACAUAUCCCGAUGAUAUUUUGGAAUGUACUAUCUGUCAGGAGAUGGUCACCAAGGGCUUUGCUUGCCACACACCGAAUUGCAAAGUUCGGGUGCAUAAACACUGUUUCAUACAAACACGGAAGCAUCGCAGUUCAUGUCCUGCAUGCAACAUUGACUGGCCGCGGAAUGCCGACAAACCACUCUUGUUUGUCGGUGAAGGUGCAGCUAGAGAGGGUGACGAUCACCGGAGAAGGGCGAAGCAUACCCCAGCACAAAGCGACGAUGAUAGUGAUGAAGAUGAAGACAUGGAUGCUUCACAGGAGCAAUCUCAGUCCCAACCAAAACGUAGCCAGAGGACAAGGAAAGGAAAGGCCGUCAGAUUGGAACAGGAUGACGAUGACGUGAAAGAUGAAGACAAUGAAGAUGAUGAUGAAAGUCCUAAAAAGAGCCAACCGUCGAGACGCUGGCUCUAG